CGCUCUUUACGGCAAUAGCGUCAGUGCGUGGCGCUCGAGCUUGGCCGCAAUUUACACGUGGCUGUGUGGUGUGCGGGUUGCUGCUGCUGCCUCUACAGUCACUAAGGGCACUGUCCUUGUCGCACCAGAAUGAAGCGACCGAAGUUAAAGAAAGCAAGUAAACGCAUGACCUGCCAUAAGCGGUAUAAAAUCCAAAAAAAGGUUCGAGAGCACCAUCGAAAAUUGAGGAAGGAGGCUAAAAAACGGGGUCGCAAAAAGCCUAGAAAAGACCCAGGAAUUCCAAACAGUGCUCCCUUUAAAGAGGCUCUUCUUCGGGAAGCUGAGCUAAGGAAACAACGACUUGAAGAACUAAAACAGCAGCAGAGACUUGACAGGCAGAAGGAACAGGAAAAGAAAAGAAAACUUGAAACUAAUCCUGGUGUUAAGCCAUCUAACUUGGAACCUGUGAAAGAGGAAUUCGGGCAGGGCAAAGCUAAGGACAAACCCAAGUCCGGCAAACAAAAUCCGAAGAAGUUGUAUUGUCAGGAACUUAAAAAGGUGAUUGAAGCCUCAGAUGUUGUGCUGGAGGUGUUGGAUGCCAGAGAUCCUCUUGGUUGCAGGUGUCCCCAGGUAGAAGAGGCCAUUAUCCAGGGUGGACAGAAGAAGCUGGUACUUAUAUUAAAUAAAUCAGAUUUGGUACCAAAGGAGAAUUUGGAGAACUGGCUAAAUUAUUUGAAGAAGGAAUUACCAACAGUGGUGUUCAGAGCCUCAACAAAUCUGAAGGACAAGGGCAAGAUAGUCAAGCAUUUGAAGGUAAGGAAGAGAGCUCCAUUCAAAAGCGAAGUCUGUGUUGGAAAAGAUGGCCUUUGGAAGCUUCUCAGAGGUUUUCAGGAAGCUUAUGGCAAAGCCAUUCAGGUCGGAGUAAUUGGUUUCCCAAACGUGGGGAAAAGCAGCAUCAUCAAUAGUUUAAAACAAGAACGGAUAUGUAAUGUUGGUGUAUCCAUGGGGCUUACAAGGUGCAUGCAGAUUGUCAGCCUGGACAAACAAAUCACCGUCCUAGACAGUCCAAGUUUCAUCGUGUCGCCACUGAACUCUGCCAGCGCACUUGCUCUGCGAAGUCCAGCAAGUAUUGAAGUGGUGAAACCAGUGGAGGCUGCUAGCGCCAUCUUGUCCCAGGCCGAUGCUCGACAGGUGGUACUGAAAUUUACUGUUCCAGAUUUUAAGAAUCCUCUGGAAUUUUUUACAUCCCUUGCUCAGAGAAGAGGACUGCACCGAAAAGGUGGAAGCCCAAAUUUAGAAGGUGCUGCCAAACUGAUGUGGUCAGAAUGGACAGGUGCCUCCUUGGCUUACUAUUGCCAUCCCCCUACAUCCUGGACUCCUUCUCCACAUAUUAAUGAGGGCGUUGCGACCAAGAUGAUACAGGGCCUUAAUCUGGAAGAACUGGAAAAGAACAAUGCACACAGCAUACACACUAUCAGGGGUCCUCGUUUAGCCAGUAGCAUCCUUUUCCAGUCUUCAGGUCUGACAAAUGGAAUAAUUGAGGAAAAGGACAUACCCGAAGAACUGCCAAAACAGAAAGAGAAGCAGCAACAGGAGGAGGGGGAAGACUACAGUGACCAAGAAAGUGUUGAAGAAGCUGCUGAAAAGAGCUCAGACAUGUGUGGGGCAGAAGAGGACUGGGAGGCACUGCCUGAAGAGUCUCAAGCAGAUGAGUCAGCACUAUCUUACAUCUCAGAUAAAAUGAUUGAAGAGGAAGAUGAUGCUUAUGACUUCAGUACAGACUACGUAUAAUAGGCCUUUCAUAAGGUGGCUUCUUAGCAUUUUGAACAGACUGCUAAGCUGUUAUAUUGUGUGUGAUGGACCAGUGAUGGACCAGUUUGUUUUAGAGUAUGAUGUAAACUGUAAAUUUUGUAAAUAUGUAUCAUAUAUUUUUUAAAAUAUGGCAA